CGCUGCCGCCAAGCCUGGGACAAUUCCUCCCUCUGCUUCCGAGCACAACACACGACAAAGCCGACCGACAAAUUCAACCUCUCCCACACUUGCACUCUCUACCGCCGCAGAUCCCUCCGAGCCCUGUUGGCUUUGCAAACUCAUCGUCAUCCCGCCCAGCAAACCAACGUCGGCCGGAACCUGCGGCCCCGCAUUUUCAUUUCACCGCUCUCCACCUCAACCAUGCAACAAGCUGUCUUUCAAAUGUCGCGGUAGCAUUGUUACAACCUCGAAUUCUCUUUAGAAUUCCCCUGUGGUGCCGCUUGUUGACACUGCUAAUCCGGGCCCACUCAAUCCUCCAUCUGAAAUUCCACCCGGUCUGAGUCAAAAGCCAUGGAGGCUCAGCUCGAGAAUGCCAUCGAUAUUGCCUCCAGCCCUACCUCCAGCCAGGAGCUUCGCGGUCAAGCCCUCGAGUUUCUCCACCAACUGCGAGCCGAUGGCUCCGCCUGGCAGGCAUCACUGAAUCUGUUCACACGCGACCCUCCUCCCGCCGAAAUCGUCCGCCACUCGUCUUUAGACCUCGUAAACAGCGCCGUCCAUGUUCACCGGUUAGACCCACAAAGCUUGGCCUAUAUCAAGGACACCUUGAUGAACUAUGUUCAACAAAAGUACGCUUCUGGGAACACUGCUACAGACUCCAAUCAUAUCCAAAACAAGCUUAUGCAGACCAUCACCUAUCUUUUCGUUACGCUAUACCCCACCUCCUGGCAAUCCUUCUUCGACGACUUUCGAGCCCUUGCCGGGGACCAGGCCGCAAUUGGCAAUGUAAAUAAGACCGGAACGAUGCUAUACCUUCGGAUGUUGAGCCAGGUCCAUGAUGAAAUCGCUGAUGUGCUGCUGGAGAGGCCUGACGGAGAGAAGAAGCGAAACACGGAACUGAAGGACCUGAUUCGUCACCGAGAUGCCCAGAAGAUCUCAUUAUCCUGGCAGGAGAUACUCGCAAAGUGGCGGGAGACCGAUCUGGGCCUCAUAGAAAUGUGUCUCAGAACAGUGGGGCGAUGGGUGAGCUGGAUUGAUAUUUCGCUUGUGGUAAAUCAAUCGAUGAUAGGCAUGUUUCUUGAGAUGGCAGGCCAACAGGGCAUAUCCGAUCCAGACAGUCCACAGGGCCGCGUUCGCGACGCCGCUAUCGACACCUUCUCUGAGAUUGUGGGCAAGAAGAUGCAACCACCAGAGAAAGUGCAACUGAUAACGUUCUUGAACCUUCCAGAGGUAGUGGGCCAGCUCAUCGCAAGCCCUGCGCUGUCCGAUUUAAGAAACACGCCAGACUACGAUAAUGAUCUUGCUGAGACCGUAGCGAAACUGGUCAAUAAUAUCGUAUUCGAUAUAGUCAAGAUUCUGGAAAACGACUCCGUAGACGAUCAGACCCGCCAGCGCGCAAACGAACUGAUCCAGGUUUUCGCGCCUUACCUUCUGCGUUUCUUUGCGGACCAGUACGAUGAAGUCUGCUCCACGGUAAUACCUUCCCUGACCGACCUUCUGACGUUUUUCCGAAAGCUUCAGAAGAAGACUGGGGCUUUGCCAGAGCAGUACGCGAACAUACUUCCUACCGUAUUGGAAGCCAUUAUCAGCAAACUGAAGUACGACGAAACGGCUUCCUGGGGAGAGGAGGACGAGCAAACUGAUGAGGCCGAGUUCCAAGACCUUCGGAAACGUCUCCAUGUUUUGCAACAAACUGUAGCCGCAAUAGACGAAUCGUUCUACAUCGAGACACUCAGCCGGCUAGUUGAGGAUACAUUCAGACGCCGAGCAUCGAAUGACCAGUCCUUGAACUGGCGGGAUCUCGACCUGGCUCUUUACGAAAUGUAUCUGUUCGGAGAAUUAGCCAUCAAAAACCAAGGUUUGUAUGCUAAACGCGAACCAUCGUCUGUGGCAGCUCAGCGGUUAGUGGGGAUGAUGACAAGCAUGACCGAGUCUGACUUGGCCGACUACCCACAUCCAGCGAUUCAACUACAGUACAUGGAAAUUUGUGUGCGGUACCAUCAAUUCUUCGAGCAGAAUCCACACUUUGUUCCCAAGGUUCUCCAGAAUUUCGUGCGGCUUACUCAUCAUACUCACGUCAAGGUGCGAUCUAGGUCGUGGUACCUGUUCCACCGUUUCGUGAAGCCUCUUCGUGCCCAGCUCGGAAAUGUGUCCCAUGACAUUAUCCAAGCCGUCGCAGAUUUGCUCACCAUCAAGGCGGAGCUUCCGGAUGAUUCAGGAGAUGACAUGUCGUCGGAUGAGGAGGACCAAUCUGCCGAUGCCCUCUUCCAGUCACAGCUGUACCUCUUCGAAGCCGUCGGCUGCAUUGCCUCUUCCCCCACCGUCUCAAUCGAGAACAAGAAACUUUAUGCCCAAACGAUAUUGAAUCCUUUGUUCGCGGACCUCGAGCGAACGCUUCCACAAGCGCAAGGCGGCGACGAGCGUGCCGUACUUCAGGUACACCACAUCAUCAUGGCCAUUGGAACGCUUGCUCGCGGGUAUUCAGACUGGGUGCCAUCCAGCAGUCAUUCACUUCCACAGUCAGAAGUUGCCGAAGAAUUCUCCAGGGCAUCGGAAGCCAUUCUGGUUGCCCUCGAUGCUUUGAAUCAGUCGAUGCAGAUUCGCAACGCUGCGCGAUUCGCAUUCUCGCGACUGAUAGCAGUCCUUGGAUCUCGUAUUCUCCAACAGCUCCCCUCUUGGAUUGAGGGACUUCUGUCAAUGAGUUCUACCACAGACGAGAUCAGCACCUUCCUCAAAGUCCUCGGUCAGGUAAUGUUCGCGUUCCAGGCUGAGGUGGCCAAUGUACUGGAUACGCUUCUGGGGUCAUUGCUGCAACGCAUCUAUUCCGCACUUGGUGUCGUCCCUGCGGGUACAGACGAUGAGAUCCAGCUCGCCGAGCUUCGUCGGGAAUAUCUCAACUUCAUCGUGGCGCUCCUCAACAAUGGGCUCGGGGAGGUACUGAUCAGUGAGACAAACCAGUCGACUUUCGAGACCGUCAUCACCUCUCUGGAUACGUUUGCUCGCGACACAAAGGAUUAUCCUACUGCGAGAUUAGCCAUCAGUGUCCUGGUCAAGAUGGUCCAGUACUGGGGCGGCCCCAACAAGAUUUCCUCAGCCACAGACAACACCCCGAGCACUUUCACCCCGAAACCCAUCCCCGGCUUCGAUAACUACAUCGUCGAGCGUUUCUCCCCUCUCAUAUGGUCCGUCCCGGCGUCCCCGGGCUUCAGCAUCAAGGACGCGCAGGCCAAGCAAGUCCUCCAGGAACUCGCCAUCCUGCAAGCGCAGAUUGUAGUGAAAGCGGGAGAUGCGUAUGUAGAGCGGUUGAAGUCGGAGCUCGGUGGUAUGGGCUCGAAUGAGGAUAUGGUGAAUGAGUAUCUGGGGAAGUUGGCGGCGUCGUUUGAGGGAGGGAAGAAGGAGAGGGAGUGGAGGAUGUUUUUUGCGGGGUUUGUUGAGCGGUUGCUUGCGGCGAGGGGAUAGGCUGGGGUAGAUGGUUCUCGUAUGGCGGUGCAUCAAAUGGGGGCGUUUUGUGGAGGGUUUCUUGGGAGGGAGGUUUGGUGGGUGGUGCGUUUUCUUUUGCUUCAGAGCCAAGGGGGAAUUGAUUGUAUGGCUUAGUGGUGGGUGGGGUGGGCGGAUGCAUAUGUUGCGGUGUCCGACUUGGGUGGGG